GUUUUAAAUAACAUUCACUUGAAAUGAGCUUCCAUGCCGCGAGAACUUUAUUUUACAACUCACUGUUAAAGUUGCUUAAGAUAACCAUUUCCCUCUAAAGGAGAAGCCUUCUUCACAGGGGUGUUAGAACAUAUAUUUGCAAGUCAAUUUAAUCUGCCCACUUCUUUUUAAUGGCAACUGAAUAAAUUACAAUUCAUUAAGCACGGGAAGUUGGACUUACGAAGUUGCAUAAAAUAAUCGACACAGAGUAUUUAAGCAGUGAAGAGGACUGUAAACCCGACUGCCUUCAGGUGGGCUCUACAGAGUCGCAGUUCCAGCUCAGCUCAGGUGUUCUUUCACCACAAACAUAUAAAGAUCACAAAUGUUUGCCCCAAACACACAUCAGUUAAGCUUCGCUCCGCGCGCCGAAACCAUGCCAAACAGCUUGCAAGCAGUAAGCGAGGCCACAUCGUUUUUCUCCGAUAACGUAAUGAUGGGAGCCAGUACAGCCUGUUUCACAGAUGGCAACACAUUUGCCGGAGACACAGCUAGCGACUCCGAGUUUGCCAAAGGUAUCUAUAACCUGCGUCCGAGAGGUGCCCUCACUCACAUACCGGCUCCGCCAAGGUUCGAACCAGAGGAGACCCCACCACCUGUAAAACCCAAACGACAGCGUAAUUCUCUCAAGAAGCGUCUCCUCGUAAACGCGCGGGAGCGCGACCGAAUGCGCGUAUUAAACAACGGUUUUCAAGCGCUUCGGGACGCGUUGCCCUGCUAUAUUGCAGAUGGCCACAUGGCUAAGAUAACAACGCUACGGCUCGCUAUAAACUACAUCAAAGCAUUAAACGAGGUUUUGAGCGAAGAUCCACCAAAUGGCAUGUCUGUGCCCAGAUGCACACCUCAUACACAACAGCCCUGCACAUCAUCUGUGGCUUGUAACUCGGCCAUGAUGACAAUCACAAGUGAAACAGAACACUUUAAAACACCUCUUCCAAUUGAUGUCAUUUCGGCAACCCGGAUUUGAAGCGAACUCAAGACUUGUUUCAAGACAGUACUUUUUGCAUUUUCGUCGCAAUAAAUAAAAUCUUAGUUUAAGUCGAUGAUAAUAUGUUCCCUUUACAGACUGUUUAGCGUUCAUCAGAGAAACAACAUUUCUCAACAGGCUUUAGAAUAGAACCCGAAUAACAAGUCAUAAAAAUAAACAUUUUUCGCGUUUUUUGUAUAGCUAAACAACCCGCCAGCGACACGCCAACUGAACUUUUACGCCCAGAUGGUUAUCACAAAAUACGAUCGACAGAUCUCUAAAUUAUUCAGUCGCGAUUUUCGUAUAUUCUUGCGUUCCCAUCAACCUUCUUCCAGUCUUUGUAAUUAGCUGAAAACCUUUCGCAUUUAUCUUUUAACCAAAUCUUUUCUUGUCGCAUUUUCAACUGCUGGAAAGAUAUAGAAAGAAAUGAAUAAAAAUUAAAACGGCAAAUAAA